AUGAGUACUACUACCAAUGAUGCUGUAUAUACCAUUCUCAAGGAAUUAUUAUUUAUUGUAUUGGAUGUUACUGGCUCAGAUGAUACUGUACCGGAAGAUAAUAUACCAGAUAAAGUUCUACUGAGAGUACCUUUGGCAACAAAAAUAUAUCUAUCAUUAACAAGAUCGCUUGAAUGUUCAACAAGAUGUGGCAAUGUUAUAUUGGCUUUGUUUUUCAGAACUACAACAGAUGUUUGGCCUUUGCAUCAGCAUCACCAUCCACAAUCUAUAUGCAUAAUUGUGUCAGGGGAGAAAAAUUGUUAUACUAUAUCGAAAAUCUCACCUACGAUGUAUAAAAUUCUAUCAUCAUUCAAUAAAAUAGAAGAUGCCUUGCCCGAGGAUAAAGAAGAACAGCAGGAUUCAGAUAGUCCAUGA